UUGCUUUAUUUGUAGGUACUUUGUGUAGUAACUUGCUGAUAGAAAGUGUUAUUGACUCGUUUAAUUACUACCAUACUUCACACUGGCCUUUUGAUAUUCGAUGUUCUGUGAUUUUGUUUAUUUGUACGCACAUCACUGAGCUAAUCAGUCGUAGGGUUUUUACAUUUAAUAAAGAGCAUGCGCAAUGGAAUCAAGGCGAGGUUGCUAUUCAUUGCUUUUCAGAUCGUGUGCCAUGUGCAGAUGCCCUUGGGAUGGAAAAUGGUAAAAUUUUAGAUUCCCAGUUGUCUAUGUCUUCAUAUUAUAACAAAGAUUCCCGUUAUGGUGAGAAAAAUGGCAGGCUUAACAAGAAAGACUGGCCUCCAGGAGCACAGACUGAUAGCGCCGAUCAGUCGCCAUGGUUCAAGAUUGACCUUCUACAAAUCAAGUAUGUGUCUGGUGUUGGUAUUCAAGGAUACCACGAUGGACAGUCCUGGACGACAUCUUUCAUGGUAUCAACAUCUACUGAUGGUUCUUCCUGGACAAUGUACCAGGAAAUACCUGGCACCAAUAAGGUAGAUAAACAGCAACAAAUCACGUAAAUCUUAACGAAUUAGUCUCAUCUCAAAGCCGUUAGGACGUUGUUCGGUGGGAGUGACCUGGGA